UGAGUACCCCACUUCAUUCCUUAGAUGAUGACGACGACUACGAUGCUGAUUCGGAAGACAUUGAUUCCAAGCUGAUGCCUCCUCCUCCCCCACCUCCGGUGCCAGUGAAAAAGGAAGAUGAGAAGGAAGCUGCUUCUUCAGGCUCAGAGGAUGGCGACGGCAUCAUUCUUCCCUCCAUCAUUGCUCCCUCGGCUUUGGGGAAGUUGGAUUCCAGCAGCUCUUCAGAUUCUGAGUCGGAGAUGGGCCCCCAGGACUCCAGGAAAGCAGAAUCCAAGGAAGGGGAGCUCACGCUGCCUCUGGCCGGGAUCAUGCAACGAGACACCACUAAGGCCUUGCCCUGUGUCACGGAACUUUUUCCUGAAUUCCGCCCAGGAAAGGUAAAGUUUCAGGGUGAAACCCAGUGGAGUAAGAUGGGAAGUUGA